AUGAAAAUAAACGAUGUAUUUGAAACUGGUAAUAUUACAUAUUCUAUUAUAGAUGUGCUUCAAAGAGAAGUUCGUGUCGGAACCGGAGUUUUUAAUGACACCAUUUCAAAUGCUGUUAAUAACUCAUACAAUGGAUCGAUUACUAUUCCAAAUUUUGUUGUCUAUGAUAAUAAAUUAUGGAGAGUUACUGAAAUUGGGCAAUGUUCGUUUGUGCACUGUAAUAAUAUUACAAAUUUUGUUAUUGGUUAUAAUAUUGCUUAUCUUCGCCAAUAUGCGAUCUACAGAUGCUACAAUGUCAGUAGCAUAAUAUUUGAAGAACAUAGCCGUUUGAAAAAAUGUGAAACAUACAGUUUAUAUGAUUUAUAUAGUUUGAAAGAGAUUUCAUUUGGAGGGGAUCGUCUUGAAUCUCUGGGAAAGUAUGCAAUGAGUUAUACAUUCUUCCUUGAAUAUAUUAGAUUACCUGCUUCUGUUUCUGUGAUUAAUGAAAGCGCAUUUAAAGGUUUGGAUUCCCUCAAAGAAGUUCAUUAUUGUGGAAAAUCUUCAAUAACUAAUGAUAUUUUCUUUAGGGUUAAAGUGAAUGAUCAUUUGACUCCAAGUGACAUAAAAGUUAAAGUGACAUCCAGUUAUCCAUCAACUACAUUUGGAAAAAAUGAUACUGUAAUAGUUGAUGAUUCUUUUGAUUGUGAUUUCCCUCAGUCGCUUAGUGAUUUCGAUCUUUUAUGCAAAACUGUUUAUAAUAAUUAUAAUAUCCAUUUAUCUUAUUCUUACUUCUCCAUAUUCAUUCUGAUGUAUGAUUCAUAA